UUUUUACAAAGCAAUGGAUGCAAAAGGAGCUUCCAAUGAUCCCUGCAUGAACCAACUCCGAAUCCUGGGAAAUAAGGAUGAAGAGACACAUCAGCUGGAUGCAGAAGAGGAAGAAAAGGAAGGCAGAAGGAUGGGCAAGAAAACGUGGGGUGAAAGGAUCCAGAAACUAAAAAUCUUCAUUUGGAAUCCAGAGACCCGGGAAUGCUUGGGCAGGUCUGCUCGGAGCUGGAGCCUGAUACUCCUUUUUUAUCUCCUCCUGUACACGUUCCUGGCCGGCAUGUUCAUAUUUUGUAUGUAUGUAGUCUUGAUCACGCUGAGCCCCUACACGCCGAGGUACAGAGACAGGGUGGCCCCACCAGGAGUUACGAUUAGACCAUACAUAGAACAUGGAUACAACAUUGACUUCAGCAUCUCCCAACCUCAUUCGUGGCAGCCUUAUGUGGACAAUAUGGAACAGUUCUUGAAAGAAUACGAUGACGUGGUUCAAGAAACCAAAAAUAUCCCAUGCACACCGGGCACAUAUUUUAUACAAAGGAGUGAUGAAAGUGCAGACAAGAAAGCCUGCCAAUUCAAGAGGUCCCAGUUGAUGAAGUGCUCCGGAUUACAGGAUAAGACAUUUGGAUAUUCCCAGGGGCAACCUUGCAUAUUGCUAAAGAUGAAUCGUAUUAUCGGGUAUCAGCCUGGCUAUGGCACUCCAGUGACUGUGAGUUGCAAAGUCCAGAAAGGUGAUGAAAAUCAUCUCCAGUCCCUAGAUUUCUACCCAAGUGCAACGUUUGAUCCCAUGUAUUUCCCUUAUUAUGGCAAACACACACACGUUAACUACACACAACCCUUGGUAGCAGUUCAUUUUACGAGAGUUGUGAGAAACUACACCAUGGACAUUCAAUGCCAACUGAAUGGAAAAGGAAUUAUCAAUACCAUUAACUCCGACCGGUUCCUGGGGCGCAUCAUCUUCACACUAAGCAUCAGGAGCUAAGGCCAGACCAGCACUUGUGAUCAUCCUUUUAUGGCAAUCAAAUGUUUUCUCACUGUGGGAAAAUCAAAUUGGCCAUUUACAUAGCACCAGGAAAAUCCAGACCUAUUUUGAGGGAAGGUUUUUGUUUUUCUUUGGAAAAACAAAAGGAAGGAUAACUCCCAAUGUAGACUAUGGAACUAAACAUAAAGCAUUUGAAUCGUUCAUCCUGCGACUGAACGCAUCAGCCAAAUAUUUUUAAAAAGCAUUUUAAAUAAACAUGAGAUAUUUCGGUUAGAUUUUUCCCUGGUGCAUCAGAAGGGAUGGCGUUUGGCAAGAAGUUAACAGUUUUGCCAUGGCAUCCACGUUCAAAAAUAAUUGGUUUUAUUCUUUUUCUCUCCUUUUGGGAGGUACAUUCACUGUCAACACAGACGUUAGCUAGCAAUUUUCAUAUUUAAUGGGCCAGUAUUUGGAAUAGGCAUUAGAGAAGAGCCAGAAAUGGAUUGUUCUGUGGAUUGUUCUUCUAUGCAGUUUUUGCAAUAGAUAUUCAUAAAGCCAUUGCUCAAAGGGUCUUCCAAAAUCACACGACUGAGGGAUUUACCACCUUAGAAGUUAGAAAAUCCAAUGGAUGGUUAGCUAGCCUUAAAGAUAAUAUUGAUAGACCACCAGUAUUUCUGCUGAAAUCUAUCAUCUCUGACCCCAAAAAGCAUUACCCAUUUUUAUCCUAUUGCUUUACUGGCUCAGUUUAUAGUGGCAGUGAUAUUCCCUAAGCAGCAUAGGCCUUCCCAAUCAAGAUAGGUAUUCCCUUAAAUAAAGAGGAAAAUGCGCUUUUGAUGUUUACCAGCCCUGAGUGCCUAAUCAGGUUUGCAAAGAGAGACAGAAGGCUGUCUGGGGAGGGCCCUCUUGAUCCUCCAUCUUGAUCAUCUCAAGAUGCUUUCUGGAAGGGUUUGCUCUCCCCACCUUUUUAUUCCCAUGGGGUAUGGACCUGCACGGAAGGCCCACCCCACAGCUGGGCCAUCAGAAUUGGGACUUUCACUAUUAGCAUCCUUUUGCCUGAUCUCAUGUUCUUGGGACGUGGGAUCCACCCCUAAUCCACCCUGGGUUAGGCGUGAACAAGCAGAGCCACCAUGGAAUGCAGGUACUGCUUCUUUGCCUCCAAUGUUCGUGAUGCAGCAUUUCAGACUGGGAGGGAAACGGCCGGGGAGGUGGUGAAGAGGUGGGGUCUCAGAUGCUUGUACACUGAAAUAAAAGGACUGACUUACA